AUGAGCUCGCUCGCGCGAGAGAGGCAAGCCAGGAAAGCAAAGAGCGCCAGGGAGACAAGGAAGAAUAACCUUUCAACCGGAGCGAGCGAGCAAUAUCCGACAAUCGCCUGUCAACCUAACCGCGCGAGGGAGAUCAGAGAAGCAACGGCCAGAGUGAGCGAGGGAGAUCUGAGAAGCGACGACCGGAGUGAGCGAGGGAGAUCUAAGAAGCGAUGGUCGAAGUGUGCGAGGGAGAUCGAGAAGCGACGGCUGGAGUGA